AUGGCGGAGCACAAGCCCUACAUGGUUAUCUUCAAGGACGGCACGCCGCAGAGUGCGAUCGACGAGCACAAGUCCAAGGUGCAGCAGGCGGGCGGCACCGUCAAGCAGACGUUUGACUCGAGCAUCAUGCGCGGCUUCGCUGCCACGCUGCCCGACAGCUUUGCGCAGGAACUCACCACGGCCAGCGUCGGCGGCAAGCACGAGCACAUCGAGUACGUCGAGCCCGACAGCGAGGUCAAGACGCUCUAA